AUGCAGUUUUUUCAAUUAUUUCGUUCAAUUUCAAAACAAAUAAAUUUAUCGCAAAAAUGUUUUUAUGCGACGAAUAAAAAAAUAAAAGUGAAAAAUCCAAUUGUGGAUUUGGAUGGCGAUGAAAUGACGCGAAUUAUAUGGAAGGAAAUUAAAAAUAAGGUUGAUUUAUUUCCGCAGAUAUUCGAGUUAAUUCUUCCAUACCUCGAAAUUGAUAUAAAAUAUUUCGAUCUUGGCUUGCCAUUUCGUGAUAAGACAAAUGAUAUGAUAACAGUUGAAGCAGCUGAAGCGAUUAAAAAAUAUAAUGUUGGAAUUAAAUGUGCUACUAUAACACCUGAUGAAGCAAGAGUGGAAGAAUUUAAACUAAAGAAAAUGUGGUUAAGUCCGAACGGCACAUUAAGAAAUAUUCUUGGUGGAACCGUUUUUCGUGAACCAAUAAUAUGUAAAAAUAUUCCACGACUUGUACCUGGUUGGAAACAAGCCAUUGUUAUUGGACGUCAUGCACAUGGUGAUCAGUAUAAGGCGACCGAUGUUGUCGUACCUCAAGGUAGUUCUCUAAAGAUUUAUCAGAAGAAUAAAGAUGGUAGCGAAACUUUUCAUGAUGUAUUUGAUUUUGAUAAGAGCGGUGGUAUCGUUAUGGGAAUGUAUAACACUGAUGAGAGUAUUGCUGCUUUUGCUCAUUCUUGCUUUCAAUAUGCUAUAAUGAAAAAAUGGCCGCUUUAUUUAAGCACCAAAAACACAAUCUUGAAGCGUUAUGACGGUCGAUUUAAGGAUAUUUUCCAGGAAAUCUAUGAAAAGAAUUAUGCAGGGAAAUUCAAGGAACUGGAUACAUGGUACGAGCAUCGUUUAAUCGACGAUAUGGUUGCACAGGUUCUCAAGAGUUCUGGAGGUUUUGUUUGGGCAUGUAAAAAUUACGAUGGUGAUGUUCAGUCUGAUAUUCUCGCUCAAGGAUUUGGAUCUCUCGGUUUAAUGACUUCCGUGUUAAUGUGUCCGGAUGGAAAAACAGUUGAGGCUGAAGCAGCCCAUGGAACUGUAACCAGGCAUUAUAGAGAGCAUCAAAAGGGUAAUCGUACUUCAACUAAUCCAGUUGCAUCGAUUUUUGCGUGGUCUCGUGGGUUAAAACAUCGUGGAGAACUUGACAACAAUAAAGAAUUGCAAACGUUUGCUCAUAAGGUCGAAGAAGCUUGUAUAACAACCAUAGAAGAGGGAAAAAUGACAAAAGAUUUGGCAAUUUGUAUUUAUGGUGCGAAGAAUGCGACACCGGACAAAUAUCUUUAUACAGAAGAUUUUCUAAAUGCUAUCGACAAUAAGCUUAAAACAUUUAUGAAAUAA